UCGGUCAACACGUGGGGAGGAGAGAAAGACACACACACACACCGAGCUGAGGGACACGGCGGGGCUGUGCUGGGCCCACAGAACGAAACGGUUAUUGAGCUUUAUCAUUACGGUUGUGCGGUUCACGGUGGCGGCGAGGAGGACUUACAGACACGGUAAUCGAAGCAGCUAGAAAAGUGAGCUGAAACUGUGUGAAGUUAAAAGGAACCCUGACUGGAGUUGUAGCUAGGGUCCACAGGAGAUGCCGCUGAGGUUACGUUCCAUUGUCCCAUACAUAAUUCCUGGAGUGGUAGCGCUCAUAGGCUGGUGGUGGUACACCUCACGCAAGAAAGAGUGGAUCGCCGGCCACAACAGCGAGGAGGGACAAGCCAUGGGCUUGUUGGCUUCUCCUGGUGAGGGCAGCAAUGGGAUAGUGGAUAAGGGCUGUCAAGCCAUCAGCGUUACACAUGAAAGAACCAGUCAAGACAGACCUAAGGCCACAGAGCAGAGGCCUGCUGAGCAGGAGGUCGUAGCACAGGUUCAUGCACCUGCAACAAAGGCCUCGUCAGGAGAACCUCUUAGCUCGCCUGUAAUAGUGGUAGCAUCUGGAAAGCUUGGCUCACCCUCUCACAGCAAAGCAACUACAGACUCCUUGCAGAGCAGCCCUGAGACUGUCAGGCAAAAGCCCCUCGUUCCAACCUCAACUCCGUCAAAUGUAGUAGAGAAAACUUCUCAUAAGAGACCAGUGGCAGCUGCUUUAAGCGAUGAGUCCACAGUUGGAGAGCUGGACUCAGUUAGGCAGCCUCAGGAUCAAACGGCCAACAAACAACAGGAACUUGACACUAAGGAAAUAUCACCUGCUGUAUCCUGGAGUGCAGAGCUGCCCAAAGCAGAGCGCCCGGAGCCUGAAGGAGGGGUGGCUGAUGACAUAUUGGCUGUCCCUUUUGCUGAGAAUGUCCAAGCGGACUUGGUGAAAGACAGCCUUUCUUCCACCAAAGAUGACUUGCCCCCCAAAACACUCACAGUUAUGGAUCAGUGUGCUCAAGCUGUGUUCCAGCAUUCUUUUCUCACAGAGAGCCCCGUGGUUUCUGCUUCAUUUCCCCUGUCUGCCAGCACACCUGUCUCUGAUGCCUCUAUAGAAGCCCAGCACCAUGAGAAUGGAGACGUGGGUGAGCCAGCUAAGACCAGCGACAGCAUGGAGGAACUUCACCGCCUGGCUACCGGGCUCAUCACUCAGGUCAUCUCAGCAGCUACACAGGAGGUCAUGGCGGUGAGCAGCUGUGAAGCCUCAGAGGCAACCAGCAGCAUCACACCCACUUGUAAUGGAAAGGACACCAUGAGGGAAGAGGAGCACCGUGAAUCUCAGGUGGGCCCUUCUUCCCAAAGCCAAGCAAAUCACGUAGAGCAGCGGACAGCACAGAUUGCAGAGGAUGUCAUCAAUGGCUGCCUUGUCCCCUCAGUCUGGGAGAAGUCAGAGGAUGAGCAGCAGUGUGUGCAGUCCUCUCAAGGACAGUUGGAAUCAACCCCAGUGUUGCCCAAGCUUCAGGCUGAGGAGGCCGUAACCGGAACAGAAGAUUCUGGAUGUAGCACGUGCCAGUCGGAGGACGGCAUCAGCAGUGAGGACCUUCUCCUCAGCACAGGUUUGUCUUCAGCCGUGCCUGAGAGCAAAGAGGACCUUAUUCAAAUUUCAGGGAUCUCCAGGAGUUCAGAAGAAAAGGAAGAUGGACUGCAGGAGAGUUCUGAUUUAACAGGUGUGGAAGAGCCAACGCUGACUGCAGAGCAUGUAGCUGCUGUGUGUGAGGUGGCACGACUGAACGGGGCAGGACUCAGGAACGGAACCAGUGAAGCAGAGGCUGACCAGUCGGGAGGUUCGGAUGUGAACAGUAUGGAUUCAGUUGACAGCUGCUCCACCUUGGGGACAGGAGAUGGCCAGCAGAGUGGUAGCCAGUCCAGCCAAUCACAGAGUUCUGAGUUGAUUGUGUGGGAGAUAGAGGUGCCAAAGCAUCUAGUUGGUAGACUAAUUGGCAAACAAGGGAGGUACGUGAGCUUUCUGAAGCAGAGCUCUGGUGCAAAGAUCUACAUUUCCACCCUGCCUUACACUCAAGAGUUUCAAAUCUGCCAUAUAGAAGGCACCCAGCAGCAAGUAGAUAAAGCACUGGCAUUGAUUGGUAAAAAAUUCAAAGACUUGGACCUGACCAACCUGUACGCUCCCCCACCACUGCCACUCACGUUGCCCUCGCUGCCCAUGACGUCCUGGCUCCUCCUUCCUAACGGUGUGACAGUGGAGGUUAUUGUGGUUAAUAUCGUCUCAGCUGGCCACGUGUUUGUCCAGCAACACACCCACCCUACAUAUCAUGCCCUGCGCAGCCUGGACCAGCAGAUGUUCCUGUGCUACUCCCAGCCUGGCACCCCCGCCCUGCCAUCUCCAGCUGAGGUUGGUGUGAUCUGUGCAGCUCCCGCAGUUGAUGGCGCAUGGUGGCGAGCGCAGGUCAUCUCGUUCUGCAAGGAUUCCAACGAAGUGGAGAUCCGAUACGUGGACUACGGCGGCUAUGACCGAGUGAAGAUUGAUACCCUUCGUCAGAUUAGGUCGGACUUUGUGACAUUACCAUUCCAAGGAACAGAGGUUUUACUGGACAACAUAGCUCCUCUUCCUGGAGAGGAUCGGUUUUCAACUGAAGCCACCUCUGCUUUGGAAGAAAUGACACGAGGGGUACCAUUGCUCGCACAGGUGACGAACUAUGACAAUAACACAGGCCUUCCGUUAGUACAAAUGUGGAACAUGGUUGGAGAUGACCUGGUGCAGCUGAACCGCACUUUGGCAGAACGAGGCUUUGCCACCUGGGUGGACAGCUUCUGAUCCAUCUGACCCCCUCCCCCCGUCCCACCCUCUUAUCACCUCCUCACCCCUUUUAUCUUGUCUUGGCGUGCAGGAUUGACCUGAUGUGCACAUCACUGACUACUGGGAGACGUACUUUUCAGUUCUGUUUUUGAGGUUUUUGAUUUGUUUCCUCCCUUUCAACAUAAUGUACUGUAUUUAAAAAUACAGCCAGGUUUUAUUCAGAGAAAAUCCCAUAAGACGUGAAUGAGGAAAAUCUCUUCAUUGUUCUUGUAGAUGUAAAGAAAUCUUAAAAAGAAUUGUAACUAAAUUAAAGUUGAUCAUGUUUUCCGUCCAACCAGACUCCUUCCAGCACAAAUCUGACUGUGGAUAAUUAUGCCAUGGAUGUAAAAGUGUAAUUAUAUGAAGAAAAUAAUGUACAUUAAAAAUAUAACUAUGGUGCCGUCAACACUCAACGUUGGUAACGUUUGAAAGGACUGUCAAAUAUUCGGCUUGGGACUGAUCUUGUGCAUACUUCAGUUUUCAUAGCUCUGUCUCAGUAGUUUAUGUGCUUAACCAGAUUUAUUUUAUGAUGGUGGUGGUUCACGAUGGCUGGCUCCUUGUGGGAAAGCGUAACCAGAGUGCUGUCCGCCACCCCAAACGCUUCUGCACAUUCAGUGUGUAGAACAGGACUUGUCCACGUCACGAGAGGGGAGACCUACCACUGCUCCACAGAUCCUGUCUGAUCUUCCACCCCAACUUCUGUCUGUACAGCAUUGUGGCCUUAGGGGGGAAACGUGACCCCUACCCCCAACACUCGCUCUGUGGGACCUUUCCUGCAAAUUGCCUUCGGUGUGAAUAGGCCUGGUGUCAAGCGUCAUCUCCAAAUGCAGCUUCUAACUGUAGCCCAUUAUUCAAGGAGGCACUCUAUGACUUUCUCUGAAGGCCAUUUCUGAUCUUGUUCCUCUUCAUGUAUCUGGAGGAAUACACUAAGGCAUUGGGUUGCGCUUCACUGGAACUACAUGGCCUCACUACAUGUUUUUCCUGACCAGCGGAACCCCUACAAUUGCUGGUCAGAUGGGACUUCUAAACCAGAACACUAUGUCUGAGAGUGGGCUUCUGUUUUGGAUAGAUGAACUGCAUAUAGUAGGAGUCUGUGUGUCUGUUGUAUGCAUGUAAUCCUGUUCAGAGCACACCUUUGGCCAAGUCCUUUGUUGGUCCAUCCAGUCACACAAGGAGUCCACAGUUUGCGGUAUGUAGUGUGGCUAACUGCCCGCAAGUAUUGCUUUAACGAUGCCAGAGGCAGUUUCAUCACUCCUCAUUUGGGGUCCAUAGAUCUAAAUGGUUAUUGUGCUCAGUAGCUGUUUUCUACACACUCUGUGAAUUGUUGGUUAGAAAAUCCACCCUGACCAUAAACCCUGUGUUACAAUUGGCACAUGAGAUGGCACACGUUGGCUCUUAGAAGUGCUCACAGUGGGUUUGUUGUGGAAGAUAAAAGCUUUAAGAAGCCUCCCUUUUUUUUCCCUUUUGUUGGGUUUGACUAUGGAAAUUACAAUGUACUCGAUUGCAGUACCUGUAAUUUGUUAUACACAAUGUAAACCUUUUUUGUUUGCUUUUUUUGUUUGUUUUUAUUUUUUUGUAAGUUGUCAUUAAUCAUGAUCUGUAUUGCAUUUGGGUAAACGACUUUCUUGGCCAGGACUCAUUCACCCAGUUUUCUGCUGCUACGCCACUUUUGUUCUCCUGAUGUUGAACUCUGGCAAUUCCAAACCUGAUUGGACUUUUUCCAACCAUUUUAAUUUGGUCUGUUGGGGUUCUUUUGGGCGAGCACUACUUUCCACUAUGGUUAUGGUCCCAUAUGGUUGCCUGUGUGCUGCUAGUAUUCUCUGUAUUCAGAGAAUCGCCCUUUAGCUCCCAUUGGGGUCAGCUCAUAUCACAGCUUGAAUUACUGAAUAGUUGAACAAUUAUAAGAGCAUUUUAUCACCACAUGUCUGAUUUCAACCUAAGAACUUUUCAGGAUAAAGACAGAAAACUUGAAUUUACUCUUCAUUUUUUUUCUUUUACUAUAGGAAUGCAGGUUACUCCCAUGAACUGUAAAGACUGCAUAAUGUAAUGUAACCUACAGACUUGUAAACUCCUUAUAAACACUUGUAAAAUGGUGAAGAACUGCAGAGGGGAAUGCACUUUUCUACACUACUUGUUGCAGUGUCCUGACUGUUUGUGAAAGCUGUAGGGACUGUAAUAUCUAUGUUGAGUCUCAGGAAUGGGCUUUCACUCCUGUCUGCUGUGUUUAGUGUAUUGUCUAAAUCUGUGGUAAUAUGUCUGUGUUGGACAUAGAGGUACUAAACGGCCUAAUUAAUGGUGUUCAGUCUCUGAAAGGGUGUCUACCUGUGUUAAGCAGGCAAAUGGAUAGGGAACCACAGUGACCCAAACGCAGAAACUUUGGACUCUGUUUUGGUGUAUGUGUACUCCUCAGUUUGCAAGUUCAGAGUUCAUUGUAGAAUUGCAACCACUGAUUUCUGCAUCAAUACUGCAAUACUGUCAGCUGAUGUCCUCAAUUCAGACAGUUUCUGUUAAAGAGUAUUCUGAUAUCUCCUCCUCACCAUCCCCAUUCUUAUAAUGCUUCAUCGAACUGUUUCUUGACUUGUCCACAUCUGUGUAAAUAAGAUUUCACUGUACUUUUGUAUAACACUGGGGAGAGUGUAGGAAACAAAGGGAACAUUUUUCUUUUCUUUUUGACCCCUUUCCAAAAUCUGCUCCUUGUUCUCUGUUGGUAGGACUGGUUUGAAGUGUUUGCCUAGCUAGUUGAUUAAUCAUUUGAUUUAAGUGAGUGUAAGCAAUCCUGCCCACAGCAUAGACAUGUACAGGUCAGUUUUUGCUAGACUCAUAAAGGUUUGAUUCUUGGUUGUACAGAUCUGUUAAAAAAGAGAAUAAAGUUAUUAAAACAUGCUCA